AUGUUUGCUCCUUUUCCUAGAGUUCUCAUCGACGAUGGCACGCCGCGAAUGUCGUUUCCUUUCCGAAUUCAUCUUUCCUUAACGGUCUUCAGGCUGAAACAAAUGAUAGAGGCGCAAGAGGGUUUUACUGUUGGAGAACAAGAUGUUUUCUUUCACGGAAAUCCGGUUGGUAGCUUAUGUUCCGUAGUAUGUGCUAGAAACUGCAUGCCGGAAUGGAAUUUUUUCAUGUCCGCGCGCGAUCGAGGACAAUGCAAAGCUACUCGCGCAUGAGAGUCACGCUGAAGUGGUGCGUGCGUUCGAAGCUUUACCUGAUUGCCUCAGGUUUAAUUCGUCGUCUUAUUUCCUGGCUAAAUUUUUCUUACUACUACAUCUCAUUGAAUCAGCUGCAAAGCAAUAAACGAUGAAAGCUGCGCUCGAGUUUCUUUCGAAAUGUAUUUCGAAAUGCACUCCCACAUGCUACAAAGGAUCGAAACUGUUCCUUGAAGCGAGCUUUGCGCUAAUUAGAAGUCUCGUGCAUAAGCUUGGUAAAGAUCGUGCUCACGAAAGUUAUAUUGAAAAGAUUCAUGCACACAUAUGUUUGGCGAUAUUAACAAUGCAAUCUUAUAUUUCUAACGUGACGCGCAGACUAUUCGCGGCAUAAAUGAGCGUUGUUAGUAUAUUGUGUGAUGACCUCCCGGGGAUAUGACUUUUAGAUCAAUACUUGCUUCUUUUCCGCUCUUCAGCUUCAAGACAAUCUCACAUUAGGACAGCAGGGAGUUAUGGAAGAUACCCAACUUGAUAUUCGAGUUAAUUUCCAAGGUAAAGUAUCAAUCUAAAGUAUUCGAGAACUUUAUCAAGUGUGCGGGUUUUGUUCUCUGUCAUGACAUGAAUGUUUUUGUGUCAUGAAUAAUGAUUUGUUUCCUAGGUUAGUAAAUCGGGUUAAUACCACGCAAAUCAUGGAUCUUCUCUUUAUGCUGUUGUUGCUAGUGAAAGUGAUUUAAAAGUAUUGUUUUCGAAGAGAAUGUUCGGUAAUUAAAUCUCGCAGUGAUAAUGUAAUUUGCGUAGGCUUUGGGAAUCACGCCGUGUAAAUUUAUGUCAUAGUUCUCUCAAAGAACUUUUUGUUCCAGUGUGAGGUAAACUUUAUUCCCGGACGCCCACAAGAAUGCCUGUUAUUUGCGGUUUCUUUCAAUUUAUUUUGCCUGGGAAACAGGGCAGAUGUACAAGACAAAUCAGUAGAAGGAAUGCAAAAAAAAUUUUGCCAUGGCCUAACGAAACGAUAGCGAGAAGAGUUGAAUAUGUUUUGACAAAUUUAAUUGUCUUAUUGGUACAUAUUUGUACGACUAAGUUUAUUUUAAAGGUUACGUUUUGUCUGCCAUUGGAGACGGAUUAUUUUUUUCUGUAUUAUCUGUAGAAUUAAGUUAGAAACUGGAUCGGCCUGAGAAAUAUCUUGUCAAGAUAUUUUUUCAAGCAACACCGAAACCCACAGUAAGAUUUUUUCUUUCAGAAUAUUGCAGAUGUCGUUUCUCAUGGGUAAUAGUUUAGUGUGGGCAGCGAUCUAAUCUUGCGUGGAAACUUUUCAUUUUAAUUUCUUUUGUUUUCUCCUAACUUGAUAAUUAGUGAAGUGUGAUUUAUUUUUCUUCAAGAGAAAAUGAAGUGAAAACCAGUACCUGUUUCCAAUUUUAUUUGAUUCGGAUCUUUCGAUAGUUAAUUUCUACUGAGAGGUAAAAAAAAAUUUGAUACUGAUCAAAUUCAAGUGAGUUAUUUCUUAUUUUAGUGGGAAUUACUAGGAUUUUAUUGUUGUUCUUACACCAGUGAAGGAAAUACUUUCAAUUCCGAUACUUAAAUCACAGCUUAAAACCAAGUUGAAGUGCUCCCUGUGCAGCUCUUGAGGAAGUGAAACUAGUCUAAUACCCCAUUCACACCAGCAAAACAUGUUUUGUUAAACUGGUUUUCAUUGAAUGAAAAUUAUAAACAGAGCACUGAAAAACUUGAUUUUCCAUUGGAUUCAAGUCUUUAACUUUCGUGUAUAAUUUUUUAAAUAGUUUCUGUGUUUAACAAAACAACUUUUAAACAUGUUUAAAAUUGAAAAUUGAAUUGAAUGUUUCAUUAGUGAGUGGGAGGGGUAACGAAAACUCUAGAUACACUCCUCUGAAAUAAAACAAAGGGUUGGCGACAAAAGAGAAAAAAUAGUUAUGGUCAGUGAUACUCAAGUGCCUUAAUUUUUGGAUUCUGUUGUUUGAAGUCUGCAAACAAGUGAUGUAAAUUAGAUUGUGCAUGAUGUGUGCACUGAGGCUAACUCUAAGAUGUAUUUUUCUGGAGGGAAGUGACUUUGCCAUAACCCUUCUGGUCUUAAGAUCUCAUCAGAAAUUCUUGCGUCUGUCUGUUAUGCAAUUCUUUUGAUGUUCCUUUGGAGAAUUUGGUGUUAGAUCAACUUGUAAUCACCUAAUUGAAAUUUUGGUGUAUUCUCAUCACUUGUCUCCUUGAUAUUGUAUCAAUAUUGUAAUGAGAAAUUCUGUCUUGGUCACUGAUGGGAGUGACAGGGCUAAAGAUAUAAUUAAGCAAACAUCUGUAGUGGUUUCCAUUAUUUAUCAGGGUUGCCAACAGCAAUUACUCAAUCAAUUUGAAGAACUCAAUAUCAUAUCUUUUUCUAUGUAUUAAUUUGAAAGGAAAUGUGGGGGUGUAUGUAAAAUGUUGCUGAUAACACAAUAUUGCUAUAAGUGAAAAAAAGCCGCAUCUCUCCUCUAGUCCAAUAUUUUCCCAACUCCGCUGUGUUUCUUUAAAUAAGAACUGAUGUAAAUUUGUGGAGUUCUUGGAGCCAAUAUUCGUUCAUAUGCAAAGAACAGUACAAAAAUAGAAUCUUAACUACACAUGUCACAAGGAACUAUUGUGAAAGACAUGGAUUCCUUCAAGUGACAGAUUUUAUCACUAUAACAUGUUUUUUCUUUUGCAUUAAAAGCAUACUUAGCCAAUUAGCUUAAGCACAUACCUUAAUUAUCAGUUAAAUAGUAUUGGCCUACAGGCAAAUGUGUCAUAGAAUUUUCCACCACGUGUGGAAUCAUAGGUGUAUUUAGAGGGAGUGGUACUCAGGGACUUCUUCUCCCUAACCUCUCCCUCCUCAAAAUGUAAUUUUGUUACAAGGUAGUUAAAAAGGAAUUGUUUCAAGGCAUUUAUGUGUCAUUCAGUUUUUAUCACAAUAAAGCUAAAGUUAGAUUUGAGCCAGAAGUUUCACAUUGAAAAACCUGAGUAGUUACUGUUGUGGUAAGGCAUCACUUUGAACUGAAAACUUUGCUCUUUUAUUAAUGUACAAGACUGUGCAGUAAGUUAUCAUUUGCUCUGACUAAGGGCUUAGGUUUAAAAUGUCAGCUUAGAAAUUCUUUAUGGUGGCCAGUUUAUGUGAUCAACUCAGUUCAUGAUACUAAACUAUCCUAAUCACUGAAUUAGUUUCUUCUCAAAGCUCCGAAGGUGGACAUGCAAAACCUCUGGGUGUACUCUUUUCUCUUAGUGUAAUUUUGAGGCUGAUGUGUUAAAAGCAUAGUGUCCAUCAAUCUCAUUCAACUUUUUUUUGUAAACAAUAACUAAUUUACUUAAAAUGUUUCCUAUGGGGGACAAGCUCUCAAUAAACCUUUUUGGGCUUAAUGCAAAGAUCCCUUGUCUGAAUGCUUGUGUUUGAUAAUUUUGAUAGAUAUUUAAUGCUUCUACUUAAGUUUAACCCUUUUCACCCUAAUAUCAGUAUCCAUGUCUUUCAUACUCUUCUCUACACAUUUCAUUUGGUACUGACAGGGGAAUUCAUUCAGUGAUCAAAGCUUCUUAGGUUGGGAGUCAUUUCAGAUAUUUUCAUGAUCUUAAUAAAUGAUUCAGCAGUGUACUUUAAGGAGACAUUACAGCAGUAGGUGUGUAAAUGUUUAAAACAAUAUUGUUGCUUCUGCCAGUGUUCACUGCUGAUUUCACAAUGUCUUUUUCCCCAGACAUUCCGUCUCCAACAAGAAAGAAAGGUAGCACAUCAACAUCUGAAGAUUGUGUCGUACCAGAUAUUGAUGAUGAAGAUAAUGUGUUUAACUUUGAACAGCCCAGAGUGCCAUCUGGUAAGGAAGAAAAUUAAAGAAUUCCUUUUAAUUUGAAUGAUUCCUCAACCGUCACAAAACACAAAAACAUUUUGCAUUAUUUUGCUAAAUGCAGAAAAACUGGUUAUUGUUACACAUUUACAUGUAUACAAAUUAUUAGGUGUGGGUGAUAAUAUCGUGUGUGAAGAUUGUGUAAAAUUAUCUAGUAAUGGCAUCAUUGAUUUAGAUUUCUGUGCUGAAACAUCUUUGUACACAGUUUUUAUUGAUAUUUUUUUCUGAUCUCUUUACUCUUGUCUUUAUUUGAUUACAAUUAGUAGGUCUAAGGAAAAGUAGUAUUUUAAUUAAGUUAUGAAUUAAUUUGCAAUAUCAGAUUCCAGGCUUGUGCUUGUUUUAACCUAACCCUAUCAGCUUAAUAUUAGGGGAGAGUAUUUCAGUACUGAACAUACAAAUGUGAUGGCUUUGAAAUUAUUAUUAUUAUUAUUAUUAUUAUUAUUUUAUUUUAAUAUAUUAUUAUUACUUUUUUGGGGGUGGGGGUGUAUCAAGAGCAAUUCAACAAAGGAUAACAUUUUGUAUGUAUACAGACACAUACAAUGUUCAGGAAAAGAGUGUGAUCAGUUCUGCCUUAAUUUUUUAGUGAUUCUUUCCUUGAUAAAGAUAGAUUCUAUUAAAAACUAGAAAGUUUUUUUGAAUAAAGGCAGACUGUCUUUCUUGGGACCAGAUGUUAACCCUUUGGUGCCUAAAAGUGACUAGCUUUUAAUUUCCCUUGACAACAUCACCCCUGAAUCAAGCAUUAAGGUCACAAACUAAAAGUAAUGACCACUGACUUAAGAAGCUCUGGAUUGUUUUACAAAUUCUCUUUGUCGGCACCUUAGGAAAUGUAUUAGCAGUAGUUUGGAGAAUAUGCAUUCUGAUGUUAUGGUGUAAAGGGUUACUUAGUCUCUUAUUAUCUCGUUUAGAUCCAAGAAUGUGGAAUAAAUGGGAAGUGAUGGAAUGGCUGAAAUGGGCAACAGAGAGAUACAGCAUAAGGGAUGUAACAGCAGAUAAGUUCUUGAUGAAUGGGAAAGGCCUGUGUAUGCUUGGUGUGGAGGGGUUCCUCUAUAGAGUUCCACGAGGCGGAGAUGUUCUUCAUGGUGAUUUUAAUAAACGGGUGACAGCAGCAGUGGAACAGUCACGCCAUAUGCAGAGCUAUCUUAAUCCUGGUGCAUCAAACUUCUACUAUGUGUAUUGAAGAGAUGAGAUAAUUUAUUUGAAAAAGGACAGACUAUUGAAAAGAGUAUGAUAUAAUGUGGGCAACCAAGAGUCGCUGAUGCUGCUUACAAAGAUUGUACACUAAUUAUUUAAAAAAAAUUUGCUAUUUGUAUAUAUUGUGCAUUUGAAUGGGGUUUGCCUUAACGUGCUCAAAUUCGCUGUUCAUGUAGUCAUACUGGUCAAGAUUUGUUACAGCUUUUGAAUGUUAUUGUAUUUUACAAAGACCAAUUUCACAAAAUGGGCUGGGGUUAAUUUAUUUAUCUAAAAGAUUUUUUUAAGAUUUUUGUUUUACUCUGGGGCCUAUCAUUCCUCAUUAUAAAUGAUAUUGAGAAUUCACUUGUCAACAAGACAAGCUGAUGCGAAAAAUAUUGUGUUUUUUGGAUUGAUUUAUUUUUGCUCUUUUCAUGUAACUUUUUAUGCAUGUAAAACUUUGUUUCUGUGUUUUUAUUGUAAGGUCUGUGUUGUUUUAUUUGUUUGGUUUACUGCCAAGUAUAAAUUGUGAAAGCCAUGGAUCAUAAGAAUCCACGAGUCAAAUUUAACAGCUUUGAACCUUGACAGUGAUUAGCAGUGUUCUCCUUUUCAAGAGGUAACUGGGAAAUUUACCACCUCUAGUACCUUAUUACCUACUAAAAUUUCUAAAAGUGCAAGGAAUUCUUGAAAAUUCAACAGUUAAAACGAAUGCUCUACCUGGAAAUUUCCUUUACCUGUCUUACUUAAAAUAUGGGAGAAUGCUGGAUCAGAGUCAAAUUUUCAUUAUUAUCUUGAAGUAUGCAGUUAAUAUCUGGAUGUACUGGUAAAACUAGAUCCUUAGUUCAAGCCAGGAAUGUAGAGAGUAAAUGUUUAUGGAAUUGACACAAAAUGGAGCAUGUAUGCUUAGACUAUGGCAUACAUUUACAGCUAACCACUACCUAGAGUUUAGUUCUUACAAACUUGAGCUAUGGAGAUCAUUAGAGGAUUAAGACAGUCCAAAAAUUUCUCUCUACUAGAGUUUUAAAAGAGUAGAUAAACAUUGUUGCAGGGAAGGAAAGUUGACAAUUUGAGUAUCAUCUUGUUGCUGAAUUUUUUACUUUACCUUUUCUGUAUCAUCUCUAAAGCUUUCAUUGGUAACAUACAUAUCCUCAGUAUUUAUUUUCAUUCAC